CAAAACCCCGGCAAGAACCUCCUCGCCGGCUCGCCGCUCUUGCCGCGGACCAUGGAGGCCACCGCCGCGGCGCGGCCGCUCGCCCUCCUCCUCGCUCCGCAGCCGCAGUCGCAGCUGAGGCUGAGCUUCCCGCGCUUCUCCGCUUCCACCCUCUCAUCUGCAUCCGGUGGAGGCGGGGAGUGUCGAGGGCGACGGCUGACAGUUGCCGCCGCGGCGGCCAAGAGGAGGAGGGGGAAGGGCGGGGAGGACGAGGACGAGAGGGUGGACACGCACAGCUUCGCGCCCAAGGCCGGCGAGGCCACCGGGGCGUUCCCCGAGGCCGUCCUGCUCAGAAAGAAAAUGUUGAAAGAAGACGGCCAAGUUGCACCUGAAUUUGCUGAUGCAGAAGAAGGUGGUUUUCGUUUUUCUUUGAUCCUGUUUUUUUUUUCUUGUGGUUCAUGCAAAUAUUUUUUAACCAGUCUAACCCAUACAUUUUCUUUUGCAGAGAAGCUAUAUGCGUUUCUUAAUAUUGAAAUGGAGAGUGAUUUGAAUCUAAAAAGAAUGCGGCACUAUGAAGUGGUUUACCUAAUUCAUGAGGAUCGUGUGGAAGAAGUUGAAGACGUUGUAUCAAAAGUACAAGAUUUUGUCAGAGAGAAAAAAGGAAGGAUAUGGAGGCUUAAUAAUUGGGGACUACGCAGGCUUGCUUAUAAAAUAAAGAAAGCAAGGCAUGCCAACUACAUUUUAAUGAAUUUCGAGAUACAGGCAAAAUACAUUAAUGACUUCAAGACCCUGCUAGACAAGGAUGAGAGAAUCAUUCGGCAUCUUGUGAUGAAACGAGACGAAGCGAUUACUGAAGACUGCCCUCCCCCACCAGAGUUCCACACUCUGCGAGCUCAACAGGAUAUGGAUGACGAAUAUUUUGAUGAUGAAGAUGAUGUUGAAGAGGAGCAGGAGGAGGAGGAGGAUGACAAUGGUGAACUGGAAUCCGCUGAUUACCAUGAUGAUGAUGCUGAAGCUGAUGACGAACCUGAAAUUAUUCUCGUUGAUGAAGUCGAGCGUGAUGACAACGAAAACAUUAGAAGAAGGAAUAGGACAUUGAAAAUAGAGAAGUAUGCAGCCGAGAAGGUCUUGAGGUAACUUAGAUUAGAUGUCUCUGCUUUCAUUUAGUGUAACACUGCCCCCUUAUUCCUAUACAAAGGACCACCUAUAUCUAUAUGAUUACAAAGUAAUCUCAGCUGAGUGCAUUCCCUGUACCAUGGACCACUGUUUUGAUGAUGAGAUAAGUUCUUUCUUAGGUGUUCCCUUGUAUACCUGAAGCUCAUGUUUCCAAUUCUGUCAUAUUAUUAUGCUACACGUACUACA